AUGGAUUAUUCUGUUACUGAUGAUGCAAAUAAUAUUUUAACAAAUAAUGACAAUGCAAUAGAUAGUAGCGAAUCAAGUAUCAUACUUAAUUCCCAUUCUUUCAAUUUAUUACAAAAUCAAGAUUUUUGUGAUCUUGCAUUUACACCUGAAAUUGAAAAAAAAUAUAAUUGGCGAGGUAGAAAAUUAGACAACACUCGUGAACCCACUACUUUUUGCUUCAAUAAUGCUUCCUUAACUGGAAUAAAAAAGAGAAAAAAAGGUAAUAUUUCAAAAAGAUCUUCACUUCCGUGCACUUUUGAAGAAGAAUCAUCAAACCAAACAAAAUCACAUUCGUUAAGAUUGAGUCAAAAUCAAGAUUUUAUCGAACUAGCUUGUAGUACUAUUAAUUCAAGAAAAUCAAAAUCGCAUGAUAGAACAUUAAAUACCACACAUAAAUCUACAGUUUCAACUAACAGUAAUGUCUUUCCAACUCAUACUAAAAAUAAAAGAAAUAUUUAUAGUUCACAAGAAGUUGAAGAAAGUAAUCAAAAAAAGAUAAACAGAUAUAAAAAGACCAACGUUAUGAAACGUAUUAUAAAUAAAAAUGAUCAUACUCCUAAAAGAAGUAAUGGAACAAUAUCACAAUCUUUUAAUAAAUUCGAUGAUUCUUUCAAUGUAAGUAUAAUUCUCUCACCAAAGUCAUUUACAAGUAAAAGACAUUCAAAAUUUCCCACUUUUACUAAUAAAAAUAUUUCUAACCAUAAAAACAUCUCCAAAAUUACGGUUGAUCAUGUAUUAGUGAAAGGAAAAAAACGACAACAUAAAGAUGUCGCUGUUAGGAAAUCCAAGGUUUCUAAACCUAAUGAAGAUCAAAUACAAAUUUUGAAUGUUCGCCGUUCUCGACGUAAUCGUAUACCUCCUGUGGAUGACUUAUUACUUCAAAAACCAAUAUAUGAAAGAGAUGAAAAUGGUCUUUUAACACUAGUUGGAGUAAGUGAAGUUGUCGUCAAAGACCCUCUAUUUAUUAAAUAUGGAACAACAGAUUUUGAAAAAAUUAAACAUAUGAAAGCUGUGCAGAACAAAAUAAAAAGACAAGAAAAGAAAGAGAAUGAUCAAAAUAUUGCGUACUAA